AUGCGCCUCUACACUCACGUAUUCUUUCUUUUUUCCAUCCUGUCAGCUGCGCUAGCGCUGUGGGAUUCAAAAGACCCCUGUCCCACUUCCAUCGAGGCAAAAAUUGAGGCUGACCCUUCCCGGUCCCUCGACGACCGCUACCCAUACGACGUCACACCCUUCACAACCUGGGACUCCGUCCACUCAGCCCUCCUUACCUGCCCUAACAUAUCCACCCUUGACAUCGGUGUCUACGGGUCCUGCAGUACAUGGCCCGACCGGAUGAAUCUACCGCUCAGCCCUUUCGGCGGUGAAAAGUAUCCCGAUAUCAAAUCUUUGAAGGUUGAAGGCUAUCAGUGGGAGACAUGGCAGCAUGAGGAAAUUUGGAAAGGGCCGAAGUGUCUAGCGCCAGGCAAGCUGGAAUGUUUCAUGGACACAUUGUAUUGGGUCUACAAAGGCCAUUGGAUAAGCUGGCUUGGAUGGCGCACUCAAUCGAAAGAGCAGUGCGAGAAGACCAACGCGGAGCUUUGGCUUGACGCAAUGAACUGGACGCGUAUCGAGGAGCUUUCUGUGGACACCGUCCCGGAAAGCGUGCGGAAGGUUCUCUCGCAGUCGCGAGCGUUGCGCUCGCUGAACACGACAGACAGCGAACUCAUCCUCGGCUUGCCAAAGAACACGCUGACGCAUCUAUCUCUUGUCAACGGCGAGCGCGACACCGUCCUCUUCGAAGAUAUUCUGAACCAGCAGGGCGGAUCUUUGGAGAGUCUUGAGAUGCGCUGGAAUACUGAGCAUCAUCCAUGGAGGUAUGACGGCGAUCUCGACGACGAGAUUCAGAUGAUAAGAAAGAGCGCAAAGCAAGUCAAGCAUCUAAGUAUGAACAUCUUCCGUAACGCUAGCAGCUCACCCUUGGAAACGCUGGGAAAGAUCGUUUCCAUACCCACGCUACGAGAAGCAGACUUUUGGAUAGACAUACUCGGGCCACGGGAGUGGAGUUACAAAGAGCUCCGCGCCCUCGGAGAACAGUACGCAGAGGCAGAAGGCGGCAGAUACCUAUUUCUCAACAAAAAAGAUGCGCUGAAUAUCUUCAAUUACAUGCGAGACAAGAAGCAAGGGCAAGAGCUGGAAAGAGCAACUUUUUGGAUUGGUGACUCGACACGGAAUUGGCUCUGGGAAACCCCAAGAGCGCAUGUAAAAUGUGAAGCGAAAGCAGAUGUUGAUAUGGAAGACUGGUGUGUGGUGGAUGAUCAGUGGCCACACUACCCGAUGUUCGUGCUCACUCCACGGGUAGAAGCCCUGGAAAUUAUGGACACGGAUUUCCGAUGUGGAACGACAUGA